GUCUUAGGGCCGUCCUACUGACACAAGACAUACAUGGGAAAUCACAAGAUGAAAAAAAUAGACGCCAACCAAACAAUCGACCAACCGUCAACCCGCAUACAUAAAUAUACUACAACUCAACACAGCAGUGGCUGAGACAUCGCAAUGGCUUCAAGCUCAUAUUCAUCAGAGCUAACCAAUCACCACAACCACCAUCACCACUACCGUCGAGAUUCCGCUUCUAGCAAUAAGUCUGCAAGUAGCCGACGUCCCAGGCUCCUACGUGCCUAUGCUACAGAACCGUCAAUCACAACCGAAAAUGCAUGCAGAGGCUUGCUCACAUCUCCAACAUACUCAUCGCGGCGAGCUACAGACUUGUUGAGCCGUGUGGCUGUCAGCAGUAACUCAACAUCAGCAAGCACAUCAUCCAGAAAUUCGGUGAUGGAAUCUGAGCAGUUAAACGCGACAAACCACGAUUCAUACUCUGCGUGCUAUUUUAGUUUCCCAAGUUUUGAUACCUGGGAGGAGGGAAGGCGGCAAGACGAAGAAAAGCAUCUGGAAAGGAGACCUUGAAAGUCAUAUCCCUUUCAAAGAUUCUUAGUUUCAUUAAAUGUCGUGCCCUUAGAGCAAUGUGGCCGGAACAGCGCGCACUGAGUGGGAUUACGACUGCAUCGUUCUUCAUGAACUGACUUCAUACUCAUCGGGCGGGAUUACCGGUUAAUCAACAGGCGUUGGGGUGUCUGCGGAGUCUGUGUUCCUCAGGAACAGCAGAACGGAUUUAUGAUAUUCACUUUGUU